UCAUCCUACUUCCCACCUGAGCGACUGAUAGUGCUAAAAUACGGUAACUUCACCCGGAAGUUUGUCGAUUGUCAACAGCCUGCUGUAGGAGCACUAACGAGUUAAAACAAUUUAGCGACAUUCAUAAAAUCUUAAGAAGUAACAGCUUUUUUUUGUUGUUGUUGUUUCAGUUCAUGCAGUCCGCUAUUUGUAUUUCCAGAAGUGCAUCUCCGCGGAGCGACUGAUUGCUAUUAGUGGCGGUUUUAUUUCAUGAAAUAAAAUCGCAGGCCGUCCUGUGGGUCCCUUCUGCAGAAGCGCCUCACGUGUUGCUUUGCGGGCGAAGGUAUUGGAGGCUGAGGCUGCUCAGAGGAGCUCAGUGACACUGGCAGACAGUACGAGGGCUUUGCAGACGUGCACAUCCCAAAUUCGUUUUUUGCUUUUCAGUUCACUGUCGCUACAAUGAGCGAGUAUUUCUCCCUGUCAGAAUGCGAUGUGAUUGGUUUUGAUUUGGACCACACUCUCUGUCGGUACCAUUUAAAGGAAACCUCCAGGCUUAUCUAUGACAGCUUUGCCAGAUUCCUGGUUGAACACAAGGGCUAUGACAAGGAACUGCUCACACUGAGCCCUGCCACUUGGGAUUUUUGUUUUAAGGGCUUAGUGAUGGACCUAGAAGAUGGAACAAAAUACUAUUUUUAUGACAACUAUUUUGACUUACCUGGAGCCCUGCUAUGUGCAAGAGUAGUGGAUUUGAUCCAUAAGAGUGGAAAUGAGAUUGUGUCUGAUUUUUGGAAAGAUAUGAUUGCUGCUAUAGAUCACAAUUACAACACAUCUGCAUUUAAAGAAAAUGCUGGCACAUACUUCCCAAGUGUGAAAAAUGACCCUGGCAAAUAUUUGCAGCCCUGCUCCGAUUCUGUGAAAGCCUGGCUUAGGAGCAUGAAAAAUGCUGGAAAGGUUCUCUUGUUGAUCACCAGUUCUCACAGUGACUACUGCAGGCUCGUCUGUGACUACAUUCUGGGGAAAGAUUUUGAGGAACUUUUUGAUGUUAUCAUCACAAAUGCUUUGAAGCCCGGAUUCUUCUCCCUUAUCCCACAACAAAGGCCUUUCCGAACUCUUGUGGAUGACGAGGAGGACAGUGAGGGCCUUCCAGCGCUGGACAAGCCCGGCUGGUACUCGCAAGGGAACUGGCCUCAUCUCCAUGAACUGCUGAAGACAAUGACAGGAAAAUCGGAGCCAAAGGUGGUGUAUUUUGGAGACAGCAUGCGCUCUGAUAUUUUCCCAGCCAGUUGCUAUGGAAAAUGGGAAACAGUUAUGAUUUUGGAAGAGAUGGAAGGUGAAGGAGUCCAGAAAAGUGACACAAACUGUAAGGACGCAGAAGCUGAGCCUUUGGAAAAGAAGGGAAAGUAUGAAAGCCCCGGAAUGAAGAAACCUUCCUGUGCAUCGGAGCAAUGGGGCUCGUAUUUUGUCGAUGUGGAUACAGGCCUGGGAGAAGAUGAGGAGUCUCAGAAGGUCACAUGGUGUUGCAACAGUAUAAACACCUACAGCACCAUGGCCAUUCCCAGUGUGGAGGCUAUAGCAGAUCUUCCUCUGGAUUACAAAUUCCCAAGGUUUUCUCCUGAUAAACCAAGAACCGUUGGCUACUACCCCAGACCACCAGACUCUCUUCUGAAGAAAUCUGAGAACAUCCCCAGGGAGUAACACAACACCUUUAGCUAAGAAAGGAAUGCUGUUUUUUUUUUCUUGCCUGUAGUCCUUUACUUCUACGUUUCAAGGAGCACAAUAGACAUGUACCAGUUACUGUUAACCACACUGAAUGUAAAGCCCUUUGGGUGAAUGUUAUAAGGUUUAUUUUUAAGUAUUGUUAUCUGGGUUUACAUUUGAAAAUGCAACCUGCUGAUGUACAUGCAAACGUAUCUAUUGUACAGUGUACUUGUUUGUGUAUCAGGGGAUUCAGCUGCUGUAGACUGUAUGAUCAUUAAUGUAAAAUCCACAAACUAUUGUACAGUUUGCAGGCAUUUUUGUUGUAUUGUACCUCAAGGUCACAAGUGGGAUUACUCAUUGAGGAAAGCACCCAAUAUUCUUGACUUUAUCAUAUAAUAAGCCAAACUCAUUUAUAACCAGAAUACAUUUGCUCUUUGUGCUUUAAUUAAAAAGUCUGUUUUACCAUUACAUUCUGUGCACUCCCAGGAGGGUCUAAUCUGCCUCAGAUUAUAUUUCAUCUGCAGUUGAGAAAAUGUACUGUAUUAGCACUCUCCAUUAAAUGUAUACUUUUUUUACAUUAUAAGAAUAAAGCCAGCUAUAAGUAAUUAUGAGUAAAACGUCCAGUAAUCCCUAAAUGUUCCUUCUUUUUGCUUUAUAGAGAUGGACAGUGUUCUAACUGAGACAAGACACAUAGGUGUUUUUUAAUCAAGAAAUUGAGUUAAAGACUUUUGCUUAGUAUUUUGUUUUUUGCCAUUAAGGGCUUUAUGUUUAGUGUUCCUCCCUUAGUAAUUUAGUUUUGUAAAAAAAAACACCUGUAGUUUGUUCUCUGACACAGAAAUAAACUUUUUUUUUCCUAGAUGUAACAACACUGUUAAAGUGAUGAAUUGAAGGCUGUUCUAAGAUAUAAGCACCUGUGUUGUAAUUAAGUCUUCAAGUGCUGACAUCAUAGGCAAAAAUGUCAGCAUUUAUACCACACAAAGUAUUUGGACAAUUUGUGUUUACCACAGCUUCCUUGUAAUUUUUUUUUUAUUUCCUAGAACACAUCAAGUUUUUGUUUUUAAAAUCUUUUUUUUAAUGCUGCUCAGUAAAUAUUAUAGAAAAUAUCAGAGAGUAUUCUGUGGGUAGCUUGAAAACUAUAACUUCACAUUUUGCUACAAGCUCAGCAUGGUGUUUUUAGAUCUACGUCUAAAAGGGAUUUUACAUUAGUCAUUUUACUUGUAAAAGAAAAAUGUCACAUUACUUCCAUUAUUGUUCCAGUAUUGUCUGUUGUUUUUGGAAAGUAUGAUAUGUAAAUGUUAAGCAAGAAGCAUCUUAAGAACAGCUGAUGGUUUUUAAAAAUGUGGGAUACCUGUGCAAAACAUGCAGUACUUAAGUUUGUGAAAAUGCUUUAACCGACAAAUGAAUGAAUUCUAUUUGAUUGUUGCUUUCCAUAUUGCUUUUAGUUUAAUACUCACUUGCAAAAAGUCUCAACAGUCAACCAGAAUGUUAGUGUUUCUUUCUAAGGAAUGCAUCAUCCUAACAAGCCACAGUUAUGGGAUUCCUGUUUUGUUUGUAUUUUCAAUGAAAAACAAGCUUUCAAUUGUUUUAUAGGUUGUAUGUCUUCUAGAAAAUACAGGGAAAUUGUUGAGUUCACCAUCUGUGAAAUAAAAAUAUUGUACAAGUUUAUAAAACAAAACGUUUUGUGCUUUAAAGUGUUUUGAAGUUAAUUUGACAUCUUAAGUGCUUCAUCUGUUGUUCCUUAGCAACAUUUAUUAAAUAAAAACUUUCA